AUGGAAGAUGAUGCAGAGGCAUACCUUAAGCUUGCAUCUAAACUUCAGCGGAAGCACUUUGCCCGAGGACAUUCGUCCGUUACACAAUCUCGACCAGCUAAUGGAAAGCAGGGGAAGGGAAUAGAUAUCUCUGCACAUUCUGCCUCACGGCUGCCAAUGAAGAAACGAAAGCGCACAGACGACGAUGAUGAUGAUAAUAAUAAUAACAAUAAUGAUCAGAGUAUUGGGAACAGUACUGUUGUAUUGGUUAAUUCCCCCGCACACCCAACAACUGCCAUUGGUUCCUUAUUGAACUCAGAUUCUAUGGAAGGUGCACCACGUAAGCAGACUAAGAUGACACUAAUGGAGAAAUGGUUUCCUGGAAGCACAUUAAGUAACGCAACUCUUGAUGCAGCUCAGGCACCAACUUUUAAUUAUAUUGAUCUUUCAGUUGCCCGAAUGAAUGCCGCACGUGAGCGAAUUCUUUUUCUACGUGCUGGAGUGGAAGAUAUAUUGAGUUACGCACAUGCAAAGGAUGCUAUAGAUAUUCCAAGUAAUAAAAUAGAUUGGUGUUGGCCAGAACUUCGAGACGCAUUAUCACAACUAACCUCACAAGAUGCGUUUCAUACAAAAAAACGUGUUGUACAUGCCUUAAAAUGGCUGUUGACAAGUAAACCAAAAGCAGACGUUCCAAAAACACCAAAUCUUCGGCUUUGGUAUAACUAUUUGAGUCAUAGUGGCCCAGAACAAGGUUGUGAACCACCUUUGGGUUUACUGGUCUGGUUAGAUAGUGCAUCUACCUCUACUCUUUUCACUGCCUUGGUAAACCGUAUGUUAAGAGAAUUUAAACGAGGAGUAAAACCAAGAGUGUAUUCCUGGUAUGAUGCACAGGAAGAUCAGUUGGGUGAGAAGGACGAAGAUCACGAGGAAGAGGAAGCAGAUGAUGAUAAUGAUAAUGAUGAUAAUGCACAAACUGAUUUGGAAGAAAAUAAAGAAGAAACAGAGGAUGGUUCUGAAAUAGAAAAAAAAAGAAAAGAAAUGACAGAUACCCCUCUACCUAGCCUUAUUGAUCGUCUACCACCUUUGAAAUGUAAUGACACUAGCGAAGAAGUUAUUUCUCUUCUCACAUUUCUGCGACUACUCAUGCCUGUUGAUAUAGAAGACGAAUCUGGUAAUAUUGUUGGUUACUCCACAGGGUAUGGUGUAUGGUUAUACGCCUGUUUAACAGCUGUGGAUACACCACUUGAUCCGGAUUUGGAUCGACUCGUACAUGAGUUGUUUCGUGAUUGUUGUCGUCAACUUCGAACGUUGUGUGAAUCGCAGAAUAUUCGCGGUGAUAAUCGUGGGGCCAUUGUGCAGGCUCUUUCUCCACGCAGUACAGAUGCAUCUUCGCAUCGACGGUAUAAUACAAUACACGAUGUGAGAAGGGAAGAUGUAUUGGCGCUUCAUACCAUUAUUGUUGUCCUCGCAAAACUCUUUCGACAGAAUCAAAAUCGACUCAUUCCUCUUUAG